AUGUGGUCCCUGCUUGAGAAUGUCUCUGAAAAACGUGUCGGCGUUGAAAACUUCAACUCCGACGCAAGGGAUGUUCUGCAAGCGAGGGUCACCGGAGGUUUUGAUCAGGUAUCCUGUCAGGCUCUGGUGGAGAGUAAGGGAUUCGCCGUGCUAUUCCCUAGCGACAAUGGCUCAGGGGACUGA